CUGGACCAAGUCAGCCACUGGCCAGUACGUGGAUGCCUGAGGGGUAGUGGGUGUGAGCAGCUCUUUAGGAGAGUCAGGAAGAGGAGGAGCUGGGGAGAGGUAAACUGUGGGCUUCACCCACAAGCUGCUGUACAGACCAUAGCCUCUCUGGGACCUGUGGUCUAGAAGAUAGGAGAAAGGGUGAGCAGGCCAGACGACCCAGCCUAGCCAGACUUUGAAAGCCGCAGAGGCACCAUGAGUACCGAGGAGGACACCAAAUGGCUUCAGUGGGUGACGCACCAGUUUGAGACCAUUGCGGGGGAAGACCGGGAAAUCAACCUACAAGAAUUCAAAGCAGCUCUCAAUGUGAAAGAGCCCUUCUUUGCCGAGAGGUUCUUCACUCUGUUUGACUCGGAUGGAAGUGGCACCAUCACCCUCCAGGAGCUGCUGGAGGCGCUGACCCUGCUCAUCCACGGCAACCCCAUGGACAAACUCAAAUUCCUCUUCCAGGUGUACGAUGUCGACGGCAGCGAGUCCAUCGACGUGGAUGAGCUGCGCACCGUGCUGCAGUCAUGCAUGCGCGAGAGCGCCAUCUCGCUGCCGGACGAGAAGCUGAACCAGCUGACGCUGGCGCUCUUCGAGUCCGCCGACAAAGACUGCAACGGCGCCAUCACCUUCGACGAGCUCCGGGACGAACUGCAGCGCUUCCCCGGGGUCAUGGAGAACCUGACCAUCAGCGCCGCCCACUGGCUGACGCCCCCCGCAGCCCAGCCGCGCCGGCGGCGUCCCCGCCUUCUGACCUCCGCCUACUGGCACAACCACCGCAGCCACCUCCUCUGCCUGACCGCCUACGCGGUCCUCCACGUGUUGCUCUUCGCGCUGGCAGCCAGCGAGCACCGGGCCCGCGGCCCCAGCGUCAUGGUGGCCAAGGGCUGCGGCCAGUGCCUCAACUUCGACUGCAGCUUCAUCGCGGUGCUGAUGCUGAGGCGGUGCCUGACAUGGCUGCGGGCUACCUGGCUGGCUCAGGUCCUGCCACUGGACCGGAACAUCCAGUUCCACCAGCUUAUGGGCUACGUGGUGGUUGUGCUCUCCCUGGUGCACACUGUGGCUCACGUUGUGAACUUCGCGCUUCAGGCUCAGUCCGAGGACAGCCCCUUCCGGUUCUGGGAGCUGCUGCUCACCACCAGGCCUGGCAUUGGCUGGGUCUAUGGCUCAGCCUCCCCGACCGGUGUGGCUCUGUUGCUGCUGCUGGUCCUCAUGUUUGCCUGCUCCAGCUCCUGCAUCCGGAGGAGUGGCCACUUUGAGGUGUUCUACUGGACCCAUCUGUCUUACCUCCCCAUGUGGAUUCUGCUCAUUUUGCACGGGCCCAACUUCUGGAAGUGGCUGCUGGUCCCUGGCAUCCUGUUCUUCCUGGAGAAGAUCAUUGGGCUAGCAAUAUCCCAUAUGGGAGCCCUUUGCAUCGUGGAAGUCAAUCUCCUUCCCUCCAAGGUCACCCAUCUCCUCAUUGAGAGGCCCCCUCUCUUCCACUACAGGCCAGGCGACUACUUGUACCUGAACGUCCCCAGCAUCGCACGCUACGAGUGGCAUCCUUUCACCAUCAGCAGCGCUCCAGAGCAGAAAGACACCAUCUGGCUACAUGUCCGGUCCGAAGGCCAGUGGACAAACAGGCUAUAUGAAUCGUUCAAGAUGUUGUGCCCCAUGGACUGUGGCUCUAGACAGCUGUCAAGGAGUCUGAGGAGGAGAAGGAGCCAGAGGGAGCCCCAGAGCUUGCCCAGCCAGCCCAUGCAUUCGGGAACCUCGGCACAGGGAGCAGUGGCCUUCAGCAGGGACGUCACUGUGGAGCUGACCUCCUACAUGCCCAAGGGAACUCCACAGCAGGGAGACAAAGGCCUGGUAGGCACAGGGACCGAGGAAGGGGCUCCAGCCCAGCGGGGAGCCCCAGCCCAUCUGGGCCCAGUCUCUGAGAUGUCCUCUGAGAACCACCUGUUUUGUAACAUCAAGUGCUACAUCAGCGGCCCCUACGGAACCCCCACCCGCAGGAUCUUUGCCUCUGAGCAUGCGGUACUCAUCGGGGCAGGCAUCGGCAUCACCCCUUUUGCCUCUAUCCUACAGAGCAUCAUGUACCGGCACCAGAAGAGGAAGCACAUUUGCCCCAGCUGCCAGCACUCCUGGAUGGAUAGCAUCCAGGAUGAGGACCUGAAGCUCCGCAAGGUGGACUUCAUCUGGAUCAACCGAGACCAGCGGUCUUUUGAGUGGUUUGUGAGCUUGCUGACCAAGCUGGAGAUGGACCAGGCCCAGAUGACCCAAGAGGACCCCUUCCUGGAGCUGCACAUGUAUAUGACCUCUGCACUGGGCAAGAAUGACAUGAAGGCCAUUGGCCUGCAGAUGGCCCUCGACCUCCUGGCCAAGAAGGAGAAGAAGGACUCCAUCACAGGCCUCCAGACACGCACCCAGCCUGGGCGGCCCGACUGGAACAAGGUGUUCCAGAAGGUGGAUGCUGCGAAGAAGGGCAAGGUGCAGGUCUUCUUCUGUGGCUCCCCAGCCCUGGCCAAGGUGCUCAAGGGCCACUGUGAGCAGUUCAGCUUCAAAUUCUUCCAGGAGAACUUUUAGCCUCAUCUCUCCCAGUUCUGCCCAACCCACACUGCCAGCCAGCUUGACCAUAUUGCUCUCAUGCCCCACCGAGACCAGCCUCAGAGGACCCACUUUGUCCCACUCCACCCCCAGAGCAGGAGCGCCCAGGGGCAGAUGGACUUCCUUCAAGACCCCGGGAAAAGUGCGGUGCAUUCUGGGAUUGCUGAGAAACUGACCAAGUCAGAGGCCAGCGGCUCCAGAAAGAAGUGCAGAGGGGGCUUCCCAGGCCACUGCCCCUCCAAAAGUCCUAUGAGGGAGGCUUCCCCUACAACAGUGGUCCCACACCUGCUUAAUCACAACAAUCAUUCGGGAUUUUAUCCCGACAUUUUUUAAUGAAAAUUUUCAAACAUAAAGAUAACUAAAAGAAUUGUACAGUGGACAGUUA